GAGUGGGUGCGGGUCCGGAGCCGGAUGGGGCCCCCGAGCCGCCCGGCCCCUCUCCGGCUGCCCAGGCCGCUGCCAAUGCUGCUGCUGCCAAUGCUGCCAGUGCUGCCAGUGCUGCCAAUGCUGCUGCUGCCAAUGCUGCUGCUGCUGCUGGUGCCGGCCCCCGGGGCCCGGGGCAAGUACGUGCGGGGCAACAUCAGCUCCAAGGAGGAUUGGGUGUUCCUGACACGGUUCUGCUUUCUCUCUGACUAUGGGCGCCUAGACUUCCGCUUCCGUUACCCUGAGGCCAAGUGCUGUGAGAACAUCCUGCUGUACUUUGAUGACCCUUCCCAGUGGCCGGCCGUAUACAAAGCAGGGGACAAGGACUGUGAGGCCAAGGAGUCGGUGAUCCGCCCGGAGAACAACCAGGUUAUCAACCUCACCACCCAGUACGCCUGGUCCGGCUGCCAGGUGGUGCCCGAGGGCGGAACCCGCUACCUGAGCUGCUCCAGCGGCCGCAGCUUCCGCUCGGUUCGGGAGAGAUGGUGGUACAUCGCCCUCAGCAAAUGUGGGGGGGACGGGCUCCAGUUGGAGUAUGAAAUGAUUCUCACCAAUGGCAAAUCCUUCUGGACCAGACACUUCUCUGCAGAUGAAUUUGGGAUCCUAGAGACAGACGUGACCUUCCUCCUCAUCUUCAUCCUCAUCUUUCUCCUCUCCUGUUACUUUGGCUACUUGCUGAAAGGCCGGCAGCUGCUGCAUACGACCUACAAGAUGUUCAUGGCUGCAGCUGGAGUGGAGGUCCUGAGCCUCUUGUUCUUCUGCAUCUACUGGGGUCAGUACGCCACCGAUGGCAUCGGCAACCGCAGCUUCAAGAUCCUGGCAAAGCUGCUCUUCUCCGUCAGUUUCCUCAUCUUUCUGCUGAUGCUCAUCCUGCUGGGGAAGGGCUUCACCGUCACACGGGGCCGGAUCAGCCACUCCGGCUCGGUGAAACUGUCCGUCUACAUGACUCUGUACACCCUCACCCACAUCGUGCUGCUCAUCUACGAGGCGGAGUUCUUUGACCCAGCCCAGGUGCUCUACACGUACGAGUCUCCGGCGGGCUACGGGCUGAUCGGGCUGCAGGUGGUGGCCUACGUGUGGUUCUGCUACGCCGUCCUCGUCUCCCUGCGCCACUUCCCGGAGAAGCAGCCUUUCUACGGGCCGUUCUUUGCCGCUUACACCCUCUGGUUUUUUGCGGUCCCGGUCAUGGCACUCAUCGCCAACUUCGGCAUUCCCAAGUGGGCACGGGAGAAGAUCGUGAACGGCAUCCAGCUCGGCAUUCACCUCUACGCCCAUGGGGUGUUCUUGCUGAUGACCCGGCCGUCGGCGGCGAACAAGAACUUCCCGUACCACGUGCGGACGUCGCAGAUCGGGGCCGGCGGUGUCGGUGUCGGCGGUGUGGGCGGCGGCGGGGGGAAGGUCCGGUGUCCGCAGGCCUACGGCAACGUCACCUUCAUCAGCGACUCGGUGCCCAACUUCACCGAGCUGUUCUCCAUCCCGGCGGCCGCGGGGACCAAGGACGGCGCGGGGAAGCAGGUGGAGGAGACGGCGGCGGGGGCGGCCCGGGCGGUGACCGCGUUGGAGCCCGGCGGCCCCGCCGCGCCCCUUCCCCUUCCCCUUCCCCCGGGUGGUGCCGCCGGGGCCCCCCGCCCCUCUCCCCGUCCCCGGCCGCGGCUGUCGCCUUCCAAUGGCUUCACCGAGUACUUCAGCAUGCACGGGUACCCCAUUCCCCUGAUUACCACUCUGCCUCCCUAUAAUAUUCCCCAGGGGCUGGCCUGCCAGGGCAAAGUGUUCUUUUGCCAAAAUAAAGAUGACCGAUUGUGUUUCUACCUUAAUGGCACCCAGUUUUAUUCUUUCCCCCCUGGCCUAUCAGAUGUCAGCUCCGUGGAGGAGGCGGUGCUGGCGACCGCGCCCCCUCCCGCUGGCCGGAGGGAUCGCCGCUCCGCGGUCCUCCUGGAAGCCCUUCUAGCCCUCCGCCUCGCUGCUCCGGAGUCCUCCCCGGGCCGCUCUCUCUCUCCCCGUCUGGCCAUGGCCCGCGGCGGCCCCAGCCCCCUGCUCUGA